GGGUUGGGAGAGAAACCAUCUGUUAACAUUAGUAUGUACACUGUCACAUCAGAAGUAUCAGUGCUACAUAGUUUCAAUCUUCCCACUUGAUGGAUGCAGGUCUAUAAAGAGAUUUAAACUUGAAAAACUGUAUCCACAACAGGGAUAAGGAAAAAAAUGGAAAUCUCUAAAACCAAUGAAAUUUCAGUGACAACAAAACAUGACUAUGAUAGAAUAAGUGAGCUCAAAGCAUUUGAUGACACAAAAGAUGGUGUUAAAGGACUUGUUGAUGCUUCUGUCACAAAAAUCCCUCGCAUGUUCUAUCAUGAAUUCAACAAGGAUUCAUCUUCAACUUCAAGCAACAUCACCAAACUUGAUGUUCCUACUAUUGAUCUUGUUGAUAUUCAUCAAGAUCCAACCACAAGGAAAAUAGUUGUCGAGAAAAUUAGAGAAGCAUCUGAAAAAUGGGGUUUCUUUCAAAUUGUUAAUCAUGGAAUUGAAGUGAGUGUUUUGGAUGAGAUGAAGAAUGGAGUGAUUAGAUUCUUUGAGCAAGAUUCUGAAGUGAAACGAGAACUAUACUCGCGUGAACCUUCGAGGCCUUUCAUUUAUACUAGCAACUUUGAUCUUUAUAAUUCACCAGCUGCAAAUUGGAGGGAUACCUUUUAUUGUAUUAUGGCUCCAAAAUCUCCUAAACCAGAAGAUUUGCCAUCAGUGUGCAGAGAUAUAAUACUGGAAUACACAAAACAAGUUAUGAAACUGGGAAAUGUGCUGUUUGAGUUAUUAUCAGAAGCACUUGGACUGAAUCCAAACUAUUUAAAUGAAAUGAGAUGCAAUGAGGGACAUGCAAUUGUUUGCAAUUACUAUCCUUCUUGUCCUGAACCAGAACUGACUUUGGGAUUAACCAAACAUACUGAUGAUGACUUUAUCACUAUGCUUCUACAAGAUCAUAUUGGUGGCCUCCAAGUUCUUCAUGAAAAUAGUUGGGUUGAUGUAUCACCUGUUCCUGGUGCUCUAGUCAUCAACAUUGGUGAUCUUCUACAGCUUAUAACAAAUGAUAAAUUCAAGAGUGUUGAGCACAGAGUGGUGGCAAACCAUGUAGGUCCAAGAGUAUCAGUUGCAAACUUUUAUAGCACAAGUUAUCAGCCAUCAACAAGGCUUUAUGGUCCUAUAAAGGAAUUACUAUCAGAAGAUAAUCCUCCAAAAUACAAGGAAACUACAGUUCAGAAUUUUGUUGAAUUCUCCAUGGGAAAAGGCCUUGAUGGAACUUCUGCUUUGCCAUAUUUCAAGAUUGGAAGUUUCUGAUGCACACACAACAACUGUGGUUUAACAUGCUUACAAUAUACUUAAAAGAACUUUGUAAAAUUUACUUCUUUUGUGUUAACUUCCUUAGCAAGCAAAAGAAGUAAAUGUGUGUAGAGAUAGAGACUAUUACUCCUGUCUUUCCUAUUUGUGAAAAAGUUGUUAAAAGAUACCUAUUUGUGAAAAAGUUGUUAAAAAAAUACUCCCUACUUCAAGUAAUGUAAAUCAGAUUAAUUAAUUAUUCGAUGAAUCUGAAAAGUCUAGUUUUUUGCGUA